CGCGACGUUUCACUGGCCGAGCAAAGUACAUUUAAUGCAAUAUCUGAGAUACGCAAGGUCGCUGCCCUGUUGUUGCCAAUUUACUAGCAAGUUAUUUUUUACUGCCGUAGCAACAGCCCCAGCGACUUGCGCGCUAUCAUCAUUAUUCGGUGCUGGCUGCGCAUUUAUUCAUUCGCAGCAAAACAACAAAAUGAGCGACAAGGCCUGUAAUCCAGACUACCUCGCUGGGACCAACUCGGUGGCGUUUGUAACCGUACCGGACAAGGAUUCGGCCAAAAAACUGGCGCUUGGCCUUAUUGAGCGCAAAUUGGCUGCAUGUGUGAAUAUUCUCGGAAAAAUCGAGUCCAUCUACAUGUGGGAGGGCAAAAUCAACGAAGACCAAGAAUACCUAAUGAUGAUCAAGACGCGCACCACUCGCAUCGCCGAGCUGAGCAAAUUUGUGGGCGAGAAUCAUCCAUAUAGCGUCCCCGAGGUAAUUUCCCUACCAAUAGAAGCAGGCAAUCUGCCAUAUUUGAAGUGGAUAAUGCAAACGGUGCCGGAGAAAGUGGAGAACAAAGACUAAAGAUGUUAUACAAAGUCAAUUCAAAAUAAACGAUUAAACUCAUUAAAUCCA